CUCCACUCGCACGGCGAAGAACAGGGCACCUCUGACCGAACAUAGCAGCAUAGCAUCUCCCCACGCUCUCACGCAUCACCACAGCUACAGCAUCAAGAUCACUAGUAGUAGAUCAACUAGCCAGGUAUAGCUAUGGCGUCCGAGCAGAGUCGCCGCGAGGAGCGCGCGCAGGCCGCGGCGCAGAAGGCGACCGACGAGCUCGCCGCGGCCAGGCGGGACAUGCGCGAGCCCAGCAGCCCAGGACGGCGGACCGGCAUCUUCGGCACCGUGCAGGAGAGCGCGCGCUCCCUGAUGGGCGCCGUCCGCGACACCUUCUCCGGCGGCGUCCGGGACACAACCACGGCACACGACAGCCACUCCACAGGCGCCAUGGGGACCGCGGGGGGGAAACUCAAUGAGUACGGGAGCUACGCAUCCCAGAAGGCCGAUGAAGGGAAGGAGAGCGCGAGUGAGAUGGCGGAAGCCGCCGCGGGGAAGACCAAGGAGACCAAGGAUGCGGCCGCGGAGAAGACGAGGGAGAUGGCGGACGCCGCCGCGGGGAAGACCAAGGAGACCAAGGACGCGGCGGUGGAGAAGACGAGGGAGAUGGCGGACACCGCCGCGACGAAGGCCGUGGAGACCAAGGACGCGGCCGCAGAGAAGGCGCGCGGCGCGGGGGAGAUGGUGACGGAGAAGGCGAGGAGUGCCAAGGACACGGCGGCUGACAAGGCGAGUGGAGCGGCGGAGAAGGCGAAGGGCGCCAAGGACGCAGCCUUCGAUACAGCGGAGGGUGCCAAGGAGUACAUGGUGGACAAGAAGGAGGACGCCCGGCGAGCGCUCGCCGGCUCGGCCAAGGAUAGCAAGGGCGAGACGAACGAGUCGGCGUGGCAACAGGGCCAGGACGUGCGGCGGCGGGCGGCGGAGAAGGCCGAGGAGGUUCGUCAGCGCACGCACCAACCGCCGGAGGAGGGGAGGUCGAAGUCGGCAACGGAGAACAUCUUCGGGUCGGCGCAGGGGUUGACGGAGGCGUUCAAGGAGAAGAUGACGAUGCCGACGGACGUGAUCGAGCGGAAGCUCGCUGAGAGGAAGGGGACGCCGACGGACGCGAGCAGGGGCGAGGCACUGAACACGGACGACGUGAUGAUGCGCGUGAAGGAGGCGGACCAGAUGACCGGGACAGGGUUUAACGACGUCGGCAAGAUGGGCGAGGAGGGCACGGGCAUGAAGGCGGCACUGAGGGUCGACGAUGAGGAGGACGUGAUGCUGCGGGUGAAGGCGGCGGACCAGAUGACAGGGCAGGCGUUCAACGACGUCGGCCCGAUGGGCGAGGAGGGCACGGGAUGGGGUCCGGCGUUGAGGGCGCGGAAGGACGCCUGAGAGCGUUGACACGUGCAUGCACUCCUGUUGCGUGUGAGCGUUUUGUGUGACACUUUGUAGUACAAGCUACUCCUGUAGCAAAUCAAUAAAUUAUGCCCGGCAACUUUUUAUUAA